UGCUUGGGGGCGCUAUUCCAGACGUACAGAAUGACAUGCGUGGCAUGAUGUCUUUUUUUUUUUUUUUUACAUGCAAUAACCUGAAACCCCUGCCUGCCUACUUAGUGGUAGUGGCUCUAUAAGUGCCUUUUAAAUCACUGCUAGCAAUACAGUAGACCCGCUGACGCCGAGCGACACACGUGAGGAAAACAGGCUGCUGGCGGGACACCUCGCAAUGCGUCAGCUGACUACAGAAGAUCUGAAGACCCUGGAAGUAGAUCUUAAAAACUACUUUCCACAGUCGCUGCAGGUAUAUGGAUGCAUUGUCCAACUCAACAGAAAUGGACAGAGAGCUGAUCCUGUUUGUGUGCUUGCUGACCAGUGGCCAGAGUUCAGAGUUUUACUUAUUAAACCUGAAUUCCGUGAGAAGGGAGACCUUUUCAAAGACAUGACUGUGUUUUCAAAAAACGAUAUCUACCUCAGAGACCUGCUGGCACAUUCAGAUGUCAUUGAUUGGAAGAUGUUUAUUUGCUUGGCCGCUGAGCUUCAUCAUGAGAAGAUGCUGGAAUUUGUGGCUAUAAACAGAGGUGUACCUAUGAAGAAAGAAUCUGUGUGCUACAUGUUGGUUCUUCGAGAUCCAUCAAAACUUUCACACGUUGAUAGUUCAUCACUGAAGCUGUCUUCUCUCAGUGAGUCUCAUCUUGCACUAGUCAACCGUAGCUGGAAGUUUGGCUGUGAAGACAGCAAACUAAUGAUUAAGAAUAUGAUUUUGAACUUCCCCUCUUGUUGUGUCCUGGACUCAGAUGAUCAACCAGUAGCAUGGAUAUUAAAUGAUGCUUCCAGUGCACUGGGAAUGCUGUACACACUUCCAGAACACAGAGGAAAGGGCUAUGCAAAAGCAUUGGUCGCCGUUAUGUCAAAGACACUCCACUCUCAGGAUUAUCCGGUGUACUGUUUUAUAGAAGAAGAGAACCAUUUAUCCUACAGCCUCUUCACAAGCCUGGGCUUCACAGAAGAACCAGAUUAUAGGGCAGCCUGGUUUGUCUUUAAUGAUUUGUAACUGGGUCCCAUCAGAGCAGCCAAUCACAAUUGUUUAGCUUCUGUCCGAGAUGCUAUGUAGGAUUAUGUAAAAGCUGUUUUUUUUUUUUUACUUCUAACAAGCCCCCACC